AUGUUUCGUGAUGACAGGUACCAGAUCCUUGCGUACUUGUGUACUCGCUGGAUGACAGUGUGCAUUCAGCAGUCCUUUGGUGAUGGAAUUUGGAGGGUGAAGAAGAGUGAAGAAUCAGGAAUGUCUUUUACAAUAGAAAGCAGGGUCAAGCAUGUGUGUAGGAUCUGUAAAAUCGGAAGAGAAAAAUACAAAACAAAAACUGAAGACACUGGGGAAAAUAAGGUGCUCAAGCCCGUUAACACAGAGAAAGCCUCACUACCUGCGGGCUUGGUCCCGGAGAAAAUGAGCACCACAGUGUGCACGGUACGCUACCAACGGUGUGGGGAAAUAUAUGCACAGGCCUUUGUAAUAUCUUCAACCCAGCCUUUGAAAACAAGUAUUUUUAAACUAGAAGAGGGUCCAGAACCUCCACUUAUUCUAGAGGGAAAAAAUGAAGCCAAUCAUCAAGAAGGACAAAUAGAAUUUAAUACUCAAAGAGAUGGCAAUAAACAAGCACAACCAAGGGCAUUUAGUCUGCAAGGACAACCAGGAUAUUCGAACCAGCCAAGGAAACCAAGGAAUUUUAAUCGGCAAGGGAAGCCAGGAGUUUUCAAUCAGCCUGGGAGUCUGCAAGGAAAUUCAGGACAAUCUGACCAAAAAGGGAAUCAAGAAGCUUGUAAUGAGCAAGGAAAACCAGGAUCUUCUGGUCAGCAAGGAAAACCAGGAUCUUCUAACCAGCAAGGGAAGCCAGGGUCAUCUAAUGAGCAAGGGAAGCCAGGAUCUUCUAACCAGCAAGGGAAGCCAGGGUCAUCUAAUGAGCAAGGGAAGCCAGGAUCUUCUAACCAGCAAGGGAAGCCAGGAUCUUCUGGCCAGCAAGGGAAACCGGGGUCAUCUAAUGAACAAGGGAAGCCAGGGUCAUCUAAUGAGCAAGGGAAGCCAGGGUCAUCUAAUGAGCAAGGGAAGCCAGGAUCUUCUAACCAGCAAGGGAAGCCAGGAUCUUCUGGCCAGCAAGGGAAACCGGGGUCAUCUAAUGAACAAGGGAAGCCAGGGUCAUCUAAUGAGCAAGGGAAGCCAGGAUCUUCUGGCCAGCAAGGAAAACCAGGGUCGUCUAAUGAGCAAGGAAAGCCAGGGUCAGCUAGCCAAAAAGGAGAGCCAGGAUUGUCCAGCCACCAAGGAAAAGCAAGGUCCUUUUACAAUCAAGAAGAAAAAAUGGAGGCAACUCUUUGA